GGUAACAGCAUGGUGUAAACAGAAGAGUCGGUGUGGAUGGGAAUUGCUGAGUGAAUUUAGGAGAAGCCGAUCACAGAGGAGGAGAGGGAGCAGGAGGACGAGGAGAUUUUUUAUUACAGGUCGCAGAGCUUCCCUGGAACAUGUUGCCAAUCCCCAUCCACAUCCCUACCGACUCCACAUAUGCAGAUCCUGGAUCCAAUUGCACAACUCCAAAGACAGCCGGCACGGCUCAGUACACAGAGGAGACGGAAGACAGUCUAUUGGACUUCACUGAGAGAUCCCAGGACACAGACAGAAAUGACACCCAUCCGCCUAAAGGGCGGUCUUUCCCUGUGAAUAAAUUAACAAAAGCUAAAAUGAGGGUGGAGCAGUUCAUCAAAGACAACGAGCUUCUUACAGCUCACAAAGAGUUAAUCAGAUGUGUGGCAUUGAGCAGAAUUAUCUAUGGGGACUGCCAUUGGAGACUUGCUGAGGCUUUCGCCAACCUUGCUUAUGGCUACCUGACUUGUAGAGGGCUACCUGCUCAGGCCAAACAACAUGCCGAAUCAGCCAAAAACAUCCUACUUGGUGGCGUUGACAUGACGAAAUCUUUGGAGGAAAAAAGAGGAAUCUUGGGAACUCUAGUGACUAUUUACUAUACAUUGGGCAUGGCGCACCUGCUGCAGAACAACGGCGGCGAGGCGUACACCAGCUUACAGAAGGUGGAGAAAAUUGUGGAGGAGCUAGAAGAGCUUCAGGAGAAAAGCUCUGUUAUUGGGAAAAUAUCGGAGAAAGACAUUGCCUUGGCAUUAGGAAGGUCUUGCCUGCUCCAGAAGAAAUUUAGUUCCGCCAUGAAUUACUUUGAACGGAGUGCGGAGCUCGUUGUGUCUUGUGAAGGGGACAGCUCUUCUGAGCUCAUCGCCAUUUACAGGGAUAUGGCCAAAACCGAGCAGAAGAGGAAGAAACAUGACCAGGCCAUUCAUCACUUACUGCAGGCUCAUUCUAUAUGCCAGGCAAUAUAUAAACCCCUCAGUGUGGAGUCGGCGCAGACUGGUCUGUUAUUGGCUAAAGCAUAUGCAGCUCCGGGCGACUACAUUGAAAUGGCAGAGAAGUAUUUUACGGAGAGUCUCAAUGUGUACCGGGCGGUGCUGGGACCCGACGACCCACAGACACUGACCGCUUGUGUGGAGUUCAGCAAAUGGCUCAUACAAACUGGAAACACACAAGAGGCGUACAAGCUGCUACAUGAGGCAAAAGGCAUAGAGUACAACGAAACCGUGGCCGAGAUGCUGAGCAUUAUGGGAAGUAUAUGUCUGGCUGACGGGAAGAUUUCCAAGGGCUACAGAUUGCUGAAAAAGUGCUUAGAAAUUCAGAUGGCAGCAUUCGGGUCUCACCACAGCAAAAGCAGAGAAACGCAGAACCUGCUGAGCGCAUUACAGAAGUCCGGAGCCGUUAGGGACUGAUCAUCGCUGUGUGCGACACUCCGGACUCUUCAUAGAUGGGCCGGACUGGAGAUGGAAAGUGCAGAACAAACACGCCAGACCUUUUAAGAUUCUUCCAAAUGUGAAAAUUGCCUGGCUGCUUCUUUAGAUCUAGAUGGAGGAAUCGGCCCCUGGCAUCUUUCAUGCCUUGGAUACUCAAACAGCAGAGCCAGAAACCCACCGCAGAGAUAUAGAAGGAAUUAUUAGGAGCUUCAGCCAUUUUAUCUUUCCAAAAGAAAGCCCA